CUGGAUAUAAGUGAAGUUAUUGACGAAAUGGACAGUAAGUUGUGUUAUAAUUAACGUUUCUCUAAGUUUUGCCAGCAAUAUAUACUAAUGUUGAUGAAGGACUUGGGUUUUCCAUGUUUUCUUUGACUCGACAAUUAACUCAAAACAAUGAACCUGAUAAAGAUAAAGAUAAAGAUAAGAAGGAAGAUACAAGGAAAAUUGAUAAUGAGGAUGACAAGCAAAACAAGAAUAACAAUAACAGCAACGAGAUAACCAUUCAAGAUACGAAUUUGGCUAGAUCCAAAAUCUCGACAACAAAUUCAUUGAUAUUACACAAUCUACCUUCAAAACAAAACAAUUUGGUGGUUAAUCUUUCAAAAAACUACGAUAAGACAAAUCAGGUUCAAAAAUGUUUGAUAAGAUUUCAAAGCAUUGGAUCAGUUAACCAAAUACAGCCGAAGGUGUACAAGAUAAGUAGCAACCAACAGUUCAGUAGUUUGAUUGUCUUCUUAAAGAAAAAACUAAAAAUAUAUAAUAACAAUCAAGAUAAUAACAAUGAUUCUAGUACUGAUUCUCAAAUUUUUUGUUAUAUUAAAAACACAUUUGCUCCAAGUCCCGAUGAAAUAAUUGGAAAUUUGUUCAAGAAUUUUGCUACAAACAACGAAUUAAUCGUUUGCUAUUGUAAUACAGUUGCAUUUGGUUAAUGAAACAAAUAAUGAAUUACUAUGAAAGAAAUAAACAAAUUCUAUAUAAAUCUUUAAAAUUUUAUACGAAUAAUAUUAUAUUAUAAACAAACAAUGCU